GGUGGUGAGGUACAACGCAGUGGUUGGAUACCCCAGGAUGGGAAGGGGUGCAGGACAGUGCAGCCUUUCAUGGAAGUCUAUAUAUUUCAGCAGUGACUGUCUCGCCCCAACACAUUCAGUGACGCACUUUCACCCGCCGCUUGUUAUUCUCGUGCAGGAAGUCAGCAAGCCAUGAAGAUUGCUACGAGUACAAGCCACGCCCUGACGCUACUGGCAGUAGUGCUAUUGGCGGCCACGCUGCUCAUGGACGCCGCAGAGGCUCGCCGCGGAGGACACAGGCCUAAGACUUUGAUUGAAACCUUCGAACGUUGUCUGUGCGGAGACAUCGACACGGAGACUGACUGCAGUAUCUGCUUCGACCCAGUGCGAGACAACCCAGAUACUGCAACCUGGGACAAUGUCUUCUCAUGCCUCGAUACUGCAGGAAUUGAUAGCGACCCGAUUCAAGAGUGCGCUAGAAGGAAUCCCUGUUCAGACAGCCGGUAAUGCCAUCACAGCAACGACCAUAGCAGUGCUGUCAGUGCUGGCGUUGCUAUGAUGACGACACUAGCACAUCACCACCAAUAGAAUCGUGAAGAAAAAGACGAAAAUGGAACAUGCCACACACCACUUCUUUUCCUCCUUCGUCGCCACUUCCAGUUGCACCAACGCUACCAUCUCCACCAGACACCGCCCUUCCUGAUGCCUUCUAUGCCUGUCUCGCACUCUUAUAUUCAAUAAAGCCACACACAAA